AGUUUCAAUCACAAUUACCUGGUGGCAGUAGCUCCACACCAAUGAAGUUUACCAUCUUAGAUUGUGUAUACAGUCAAGAUGAAAAUACAUAUUAUGUAUUAGAUGUUCUUGUUUGGAAUUCAUAUUCAGUCAUAAAUUCAUCUACCGAGUUCCGAUUUUUCUUUGUUGAAUCCAAACUACAAGAAUGCGAACUUCAACACAUUAGCAAAGGAAACGCAUAUAAAUUCAUCUACACCCCUCAUAGACCAGCAGACUUAUGUACGAUUGCCGAAACUUUCGCUCACCAUACGCCUGCGAUCGAUGGUGUUUUAUUCUAUCAUUCGGAGAAAUGACGAGGAAAACGAUUAAUAAAGCGUUAAAGUUCCUCUUCAAGAAGAUGCGGCGCUGGAAACGAGAUGAGGAAGAUUACGAGGAGGAUGAAGAGUGUUACUGUGACCAGUGCUACUACUGCUGCGAGGAGUGCGAACGCGAACGAAUGAUUUUGGAGGCAAGUGCGCAGAGCAGGUGGAACCUCGUGGUGUUGUAUCGACCGACCAGGGCAGACUCGGUGCCGCCACCGUCGCGGCGUAGCGCCACCGGCAGCGCCGUCGCCACAGCCGCCGCCAGUACGACAUGUGACGCUCGGCCCGCGCGGUUCCCAGCCAACAUGGGCAAUGGAAUGAACAAGGUGUUACCCGGUUUGUACAUAGGAAACUACAGGGAUUCAAAGGACGCGCAACAACUGGAAAAGCACAAGAUCACACAUAUCCUUGCUGUACACGACACUGCACGACGGUUACAUCAAGAUAAGCACUACUUGUGCGUGAUGGCGUCGGACUCGCCAGAUCAAAAUCUCACGCAGUACUUUCCCGUCUGCAAUGAUUUCAUACAUGCAGCGCGCCUGCGCGACGGAAACGUUCUUAUUCAUUGUUUGGCUGGAAUGUCACGCAGUGUGACGGUUGCAGUGGCGUACAUCAUGACCUGCACCAAUCUGCCGUGGAAGGACGCGUUGAAGGUUGUGCGUGCGGGACGUGCUGUUGCCAACCCGAACUUUGGCUUCCAGAAGCAGCUGCAAGAGUAUGAGGAUUCAAAACUUUUCGAGGAAAGGCAAAGAUUAAAAGAACGCUUUCCAAGUUUAGCGCUAGUCUCGCGGGACGAAGAGCAGUGCGCGCUGAUGCUCAACAACUAUGAGCAGUUGAUCCUCUCUAGAGCAAUCUGCGAUGGGAGGUGCGUGAUGGGGCAGCAAUGUCCGACGGGUGUAUGCCGCACGUCCAAUUCGCGGCAAUCGCGCCGCAGGAACAGCAAGUCGCAAAGGGAGGAGAGAGCGGCGAGUUUAUCGCGAAGUCCAAGUGUAUCAAGUGUACGGCCUAGAUCUGGACCGGCUGGAUUACAUUCUUAUACGGGUAAUGCAGGUGGAUCAUCAGCACCGCCUUCACGAUCCGGUUCACGCGUGGAUCUUAGUUACGUCGGUGGGACGCUGACAGCGCCUAGUACCCCACAGUCCAGCCCACCCGUGUCACCCAUCCGCCGUCGCACCACCGUCACGCGUCAUGUACCUCUCAAGGAAGUUACCGGCACGUAACACCAGUCGUCGUCUUCGAAACUACGCCACCUACACCUUUUCAAUCAAAGGAAAUAUAGAAGAACUGGGUAAAAACAACAACAUGGCCGACUGUGACAUCAACGGGUGUACAUUAAAUUCGACUUCCCUCCACGAAAAAUUUUCUAUUUACACGAAUCUUACAUUGUACAUUGGCUACAGCGCUAAAGGUAAAAUGCGGAAGUUUUAUAGGCAAUCAAUGGGAGUUAAAUGGUGGUGGGGGUUGAGCGCAUGAAAAUUUCUAAUAUCAAUGAAUCCGAACCCAUUUUAAACGAUAUAUGUAACCUCGGGCUAACAUCCCGCUAAUGCGGUGAUCUCAUCAAGUUUUUGUGAUAUUUGAGGCGAUUGCUUAAAAGAAAGAUCCGCGCGCACAGACAUACGCACGAUUGUAUUUUACAUGAAACAAAACUAUCGAGUUAUCAAACCAUACAAAAGAUGUAAAUCAAAUAACUAUAUUCGUAGACAAAAUAAUAUUUGCUUACAAAUGUAAGAAAUGUAAGCUUACCAUAACAGCGUGAUUACAGGUUGUACAAACAAUCAAAGAUUUAUAUUUUCAUCAAGAAAACAAUAUUUUAUGUAUCAUCGAAUACCUCACGCCUUGCCUCAAGAUAGUAUCAUUGUCAUCGCAAUAUCAUUGAUUCAAAACAAAAUCAAUUUGAAGUUUGUGGUCAAUGUGAUUGUAGAAUAUGUAGAAGUGCGUUACUAGACUAUCCCAAAAAUGAAACCAAAGAAACACAGAUAUAUUAUACACGUUAUCACUUAAGAGAUUUAAAAAAAGUUGAGGAAAACAGAGAGUUUACAUUGUAGGAUAGUUCAAAGUGCAUAACGCUAUGCUGUCGCUGCAAACCGGGCGGUAUUUUAUUAAUCAAUCGGCAAGGAAUUGAUAUAUCACAAUGUUUUAUGCAGCAUAACGCAAGCAGCAACCAGCAAACAAUGCAAAAUUCAAAUGCACGGUAUAUUUACACUAGCGGUACAAGAUGCAACUUGUAAGAUUUAUUUGGUUUCUUGUUUGAAUGGAAACUUAGUAUAGGUAAGACGAAACAAUACUAGUCUAGCACGUAUCAAGAGAAUCAAGUACGUAGCAUAUAAUAAUCAAUGAAUUUUGCUCAUUUUUAUAACCGCAAUGAAGGCAAAGAAGACACACAGAACAAGCGCACCAGCGCACGUAUGCACGCAGAUAUAUAGUGUUGGUGAAAUAUCAAAUUGCAAUAAGAACUUCUACGGAUACUUUGGUUUAUUAUUGUAAUCAUUUGUUGACGUAUUAGUUGUGUAGAUUUGUUAUGUUACUUUGUAUUAUGGGGGCCACAAACAAUGUGAACAAUGUAUAGAAUUGAACUAAAGAUUUAUAGUUGCAAAUGUAUCAGAAAUCAAGUACACGUAGCAAUAUAAUAGGCAAUUUGAUGUACAACCAACAGUAAUAACCUAAACUACGCGAAUUACAAUAGUUUCUAACCUUUUCGUUCGUAAAAUUUCAUUUUAAACUGUAAUUGCUGCGUUUGUUUCAUGCGCACACGAUCACAACGAUAUAUAUUUUAAUUAUGAUGUGUGUUAAUGUACAGAAUGUUACGUUCAUUGUUUAAAAUUGUUUUAAGCUAACUUGUACAUAGAGCACGAUAUUUUGUCCUAAACUCUCUUAUCGUAGAGAUCAGAAAUUAAAUCCACGACGGUUACAAUGCGUGAAAAACAAAGUUUUUAUAUGAUAUGUAUAAUAUUAUACACUAUUUGUAAGUGUGCAAAUAAGAAGCGGCACAAGUGUUAAAAUUGCAGCUGGAUGCAAACACGCGCAGAGUUUAUUAUUACCAAAGAAAAUUAUUAUAUUGUUACGAUGAUGAAUGCGAUGUUACCAAUAAUUGCAAAGAUAUUGAAUUAUUUAGCGAUAUUAUAAUCGCAGCGCGAUGCGAAAUGUACCUGUCUCUUUCGUUGUUACAAACAGUGAUAGGUAAUUGUUUUUCAGCUUAGAAGUGCCCUUAUUUCUCACCUAGGUGGAUUGCGCAGGUUAUUCAUUUAAUAAAGUAUUAAAAUGAUGUUUCUGACUCAUAAAA